AUGGCCACGCUGCUGCGCCUGAACUACUCGUGCGAGACCUACAAGCCGGAGCUGCAGCGGCUCCUCUGCUACAACCAGGGGCUCCUGGUCCUCGCCUCCACGUGCGUGCAACAGGCGUCGGGCCACUCCACCAUUUUCCACGUGUUCGACACGAGCCAGACAUUCCUCGCGGCAAUAGAGUCUUUCCCGAACAUCGUCGUAGAAGACAUGUUCGCGCGAGCUAGCAACGGCUUCGUCGUCAUCGGCAUCUCGAUACUAGCCCGCGGGUGCGGCUGUCCGACCUGGUAUGUGAAGGGGUACGACGCGUACGCCAACCUCUGGACCAAGCAGUGGAUCGACCUGCCCGACGAGAUCGGGCCGCUCGAAUUGGCCACGGCGUUCGAGGCCUUUGACGGCUACUUUUACGCCCUGUCGGCCAUGCCGUGGUCCGAUCAUUAUAACGAGAGUGUCGCCGCCGAAUCCACCCACUACUCCAGGAUCCGGAUCCCGCUGAGCCUACAAAAAUUUGACGCCAUGGAGUCCUUCGCCGUGCCCCGGGCGCCUUGCCUUAGCGCGAACGGGAUCCGCAGCAACGGGGGCACUAGACGGUGCGCCUACUACACCUCCGACAUUGUCUUUAAGGAAAUGUGGAUAACCAGGCGUAUCUCCAACAACGACGAGCUGAGAGCCUGGGUGAGCCGCUGCUUAGCGCACCAGCCUCGCCCCGAGGUCUAUAUCGACGGCUCCCUGGACGACCAGCAGGCCAUCCGCACGUGGUUCCCAGACGCUAUUGACUGCCACUGCCUUGCCGAGUAUGUCCUCCGAGGAGGCUCGUUCCAGUGGGCGCAUGGCGAGCAGCAGCAGCAGGAGGAGGAGGAGGAGAUAGCAAAAGGCGCCGCCACUACUACGGUAGCAGAGGGCAAGUUCCCUCUUCUCAACUUUGACGAUGACAAUCUGUGCAAGAAGUAUCACCACCACCGGACCACCAGCACUACCACUUGGCCGCGGAGGCAAGACGCCGCGGGCAGGCCCGACCCGAACUACGGCACCCUGAACCCGGCGAGCUACGCCGCGAUCGAGAAGCACGAGUAG